CCGCCGCGGCCAUGAAGGGGGCGUAACUUCCGGGCGCCGAGUUCGAAACGAACAGACAGAGGCAGCCUCUCCCACCAUGACCCAAUCGGUGGUGGUGCAGGUGGGCCAGUGCGGGAACCAGGUGGGUUGCCGCUUCUGGGACCUGGCGCUGAGGGAGCACGCCAACGUCAACAAGAAAGGAAUUUAUGAUGAAGCAUUAAGCAGUUUCUUUAGGAAUGUAGAUACAAGAAGUGGUGGUGAUGGUCCCGAUAUUUACAAAGGAAAAAUCUGCUCUUUAAAAGCACGAGCACUGUUGAUUGACAUGGAGGAGGGCGUGGUAAAUGAAAUUCUGCAGGGACCAUUGAGGGACGUGUUUGACAGCAAACAGCUUAUCACAGAUGUUUCUGGGUCAGGAAACAACUGGGCUGUAGGUCAUAAGCUUUAUGGCUGUCAGUAUCGGGAAAACAUUGUGGAAAAGCUGAGGAAAGCUGCAGAACACUGUGAAUGCCUGCAGUGUUUUUUUAUAAUUCAUUCAAUGGGAGGUGGGACAGGAUCUGGUCUUGGAACUUUUGUGCUAAAGUUGCUUGAGGAUGAAUUCCCAGAAGUAUAUAGAUUUGUUACUUCAGUUUAUCCCUCUGGUGAGGAUGACGUUAUUACUUCUCCAUAUAACAGUGUUCUGGCUAUGAAGGAGCUUAAUGAACAUGCAGACUGUGUGCUACCAAUAGAGAAUGAAUCUCUGUUUGAUAUAGUUAAUAAAAUUCAUCAGAUGGCAAAUUCUGGGAAGCUGGGGUCAACUGUGAAGCAAAACAGCUUGGUAACAUCAAGCGCAGGGACUGCAAAAACUGUACAAGAAAAGCCAUUUGAUGCAAUGAAUAACAUUCUCGCCAACUUGCUGCUGAACCUAACAAGCUCUGCUAGGUUUGAAGGUUCCCUUAACAUGGAUCUUAAUGAAAUCAGCAUGAAUUUGGUUCCAUUUCCUCGACUUCAUUACUUGGUUUCAAGCUUGACUCCUCUGUAUACAUUGGCUGAUGUUAAUGUACCUUCUAGAAGGUUGGACCAGAUGUUUUCAGAUGCUUUCAGCAGAGAUCAUCAACUAAUUCAAGCAGAUCCAAAGCACAGCCUCUACCUUGCCUGUGCACUUCUUGUUCGAGGAAAUGUGCAGGUUUCAGACCUUCGCAGGAAUAUUGAAAGGUUGAAGCCUUCCCUGCACUUUGUCUCCUGGAAUCAAGAGGGCUGGAAAACUGGUUUGUGUUCAGUACCUCCUGUGGGCCAUUCCCAUUCUCUUCUGGCUUUAGCAAACAACACCUGUGUAAAACCAACUUUCAUUGAACUCAAAGACAGAUUUAUGAAGCUGUACAAGAAAAAGGCUCACCUUCACCAUUAUCUGCAUGUAGAUGGGAUGGAACAAAACUGUUUUUCUGAAGCCAUAUCAUCUUUGUCUGAUCUAAUAGAAGAGUACAAUGAACUGGAUGCCACAAAAGGUGGGCCUAGAACAGAUCCAUCAAGACUGAAGAUAGUCGUCUGAAGAAGGAAGGACUGAUUUAAAGAAAAAAGAAAUCCCCCAAGCAUCCAACCUUUGAAGCAUGGAAUUGAAGCAUGUCAAGCUAUUGUAAUUCUAAAGUGAGACUGGAACAAUGGCUUCCUUGGCUCUGAGAGGCAUCACGUUAAGUGACAGGCCCAGACUGUAAGAAAGAUUUGAAGGCAUCUAAUUAUGGUAAACGUAUCAGUAAGAGCCAUCUUCCUAACUGUGAAUUGACAUACCAUAUGCUGUAAAGGGAAGAAGGAGAGGUUACAGCAGCCAAAAAUGUUCUUUUCUCAGAUUUUCAUCUUACAGUAAACUAAAGGCAGGUCUUGCUUCAAGGAAGGAGCAGUGUUGCUGAUUUGUUUUAUAACAAGCAACAUCGAAGAGAAGCCUGCGUCGUCUCUUCAAAGGUGAAAGCAAGUCUCUAAUGAAACUGGCUUCUUAAACUUUGCAGCAUAGUCAUAAUUUCAGAAUGCUCUAUGUUCAUAGUUUUAACAUUUUUGCUUCCAUGUUGCACUUAGCUGUAUUAGAACAUUCUGAGUUGAUAGCAAAAUUUGCAAUAUCAGAAAAUGCGACAAUUUUUGUUUCAAGUGUUAUACUUGGAGUAUUAAUUAACAUCAAUGAUUCAUAUUAAUGAAUGCUGAGUUGCACUUGAUAAUGAUAUACCUCUGAGUGAAACAUGCACUUAUAAUGAAGUUAUAAUGACUGUUUGGAGAAUGAAGUUUAUAUGCUUAAAAUAAUGCAAGUAAAAUAGAUGGUUUAAUAUUUAUAACUACCAGGGUAAGUAGAUUUUUAUACUGCAGUAAGAAAUUUUACAAAAUAGGAUAUACAGCUGUUUCCAGUUGCUUGCCAGCUGUUUUAGGACAUCAAGACUCGUGAACUAUUAUAAGUCAGACUGGAUCAAUACAAUGAUUU